ACUAUUCUUCAGAAGAUGAGGAUGACUCUACCAUUCAGCAAACUGAUAUUGAGAGAAAACGGCAGAAGACGCCAAGAGAAGCGAUGAUGGCAUCAACAAACAAAGGGUCUGGCUCGCUAAACCUACCACCAGUACCGAACGAGAUCAAGGAACUGUUUCCAGAUCCUCGAAAGGACUAUACAAAACACAUACCAGACCCAUCCAAACAUGAAGGCCGCAUAAGAACUAUACCUCACGUUGAAGGAAACUUUGCUACUCACAUACACGUGCGGGUCAAAGCUCCACCCGAAUUUUUAAAUCUAAUGCGCUCGCUAGAGACCUAUUUGAAGACCCAUCAUACAUCGAUUCACUCUUGUUCGGAUAAUGAUUCUGCAACCGAGUUGGAACUACAUAUAAGUCUUUCACGAUUAAUCAUCUUGAAAUACCAUCAGAUCGAGAGGUUUUGGAACAACCUGCAAUCUGCCCUCGGUAGGCCCAAAAGUUUCACAAUGUCAUUUGCACGAAUUAUUCAACUGAUGAAUGAUACGCGAACGUGUUCGUAUCUCGCCCUUGAGGUAGGAAUGGGAACAAACGAGUUAAAGUCUCUACUAGAGAAAAUAGAUUACGUAGUCGGUCAAUUCAAGCAACCAACCUUCUAUGAGAAACCUCGCUUCCAUACAAGCGUAUUCUGGUCGUUGAAUCAUUUGAGUGAAUCGCUUUGUGAAGAGGCCGAAGCGGCUUUCGGAGAUAUGAUAAGAGAUUAUGCAUUUCUGCCUGAUGAUCUUGUUUGUCAGAUAGGGAACAGAAAGUAUAUAACGAAAUUAGAUCAGUCGUUGUAG